AUGUAUCGUUUCAACAACCGCAAGGAUUCUCCAUUGAUUGCAAUGGAAGAGACAGUCGGCAAGAAAGGAGUCAAGCAAGGAGCAGGUUGCUUCGAAGAAACAGCACAAGCCAUCUUGCCAGAGAAUGUGACUCUUGAACAAAUGAAAGGUUUUGGCGGUUGUGUUCUAUGGUACAUUCGGUUCCUUCUGGCCUCCAUUUUGACAGUGAUGGGACACAUCGUCAGUUUUCAUGUCAGCGUCGAUUAUCGCAACAACGUGUUUCCAACUGUCGAGGGCCCCAUUACCAAGGAGAUCAUACGUGUAUACAACAUGGUUUGCACUGUUCUUUCUCAUGUCACUUGGCCGAUUCUCGCAAGUGGACUGGCUUUUCUCGUCGAGAUGAAGCCUUUUGAGGAAGGGCUUGACCAGUGGUUCGUCUACGGCGUCCUCCCAGUCUACCAGAUUGCAGCAACCGUGAUCCCAAUGGUCGGAACAGUCCGAUAUAUCUUUCGCUGUAUCUUCGGCCCUCAACAUGUCCCGUCGCUACUUCCCCACUGUCUGCUUUGCAUUGGUUCGGCGUUUAUCUUCUUUCUGGCAUGUGACAUGAUUCUGCCAGAGCCUCGCUUCCUACUUGGGCGGUAUCUGUGUUCAUUUGCGCUGCCUUUUUCGGACUGUAUCGCUUACUACAUAACCGCUAUUUGGGUCAAGCGACAGCCAAUCCGAAAACACGACGAAGUGAUCAAUCUUUUGUUUAGCUACACCUGUGCAAUGCUGUUGGGUGCUGCAUGGUCCUGGUUUGUUAUAUGGUGUCAAGACAAACCUUCGGUGUGGCAAACUUUGGCCAUCCUACUGUAUGCUCUUUUACACUUCAUUUGGAAGGGCAUUGUGACUCCGAAGUGCACCACAGCGAUUGCCCCUGAACAUUUUAUGCACUUGAAUUGGGUCGUGGACAUUAUUUUCACGCAGCGACAGCUGGCAACUUUGCCUUUUAUCAAGAGUGGCGUGGCCUUUGGGUUGAUAAUGUUGGGCCAAAUCGUUGUUGCCGUCAACCGAAUCUAUCCUUUCACAGGGCGUAUCCUUUAUAUUCUUCGGUAUCUGAAGAACAAGAACAAGGAGGACUCCAGAAUUCGAGCCAUACUGGAAAAACUAUGUCCACACGGACAUGUGGUUUGGCCCAUUCUUCGAGCUCGAAUCAACCAGUUCCACGAGCUCUCGGUACUGACGCAAGACAAUGAGGCAAUUCACACUCGCUGGGGAGGCGACAGAACUCUUUGGAACCACCUUGAUAUGAUUGGGGUCAUGCUUGUGAGCAAUCUAGUUCGGAUCAAUCAACUCUUAACCAUGUUGGCAGUGCGGUAUUCAAGUGUCCAAGACCACAUUGAUGACUGGCUGCAUGUCAACGACACCAUAUGGACAAACUCAGUGAUUUUCACACUGGCCCUGAUUGGCGUGAAUUUUGUUCUCAUGGUUUUUGUUGCUGUGUACCUUGUUCCCAAGGCCGUGGCUAAGUCCAGGAUGGAUAUUUCAAUGUACAAGAUUCUCUACUUUGUCAUGAAUGAAGAAUUUGAGCUUUUGUUCUGUUGGAUGGUUGGUAGUGGAGCCAUGGCUUUUGGAUCGAUGGUCAAUCAAUUCGCAGAAAACGUGCAGAUACGGGGAUGA